AACUGCCAGUACGACGUGUACCGCAACACUCACCGACGCUUCGCCUCAAGGUUAACAUAAUCCCGGCUUUCUCUGUGCAUAGGACACUGUAUCAUACUGCUUCAUCUUGAAUCCUGUUGCUGGAACGACAAGUCACGACGAACCGCGAUCAGGCAUGUCCGCGUCGACGCGCUAUUCGAGGGCUUCAAGCCCUUCGAGGUCCACUGCAACCACAAGCUCGAGCUCACAAUCUAGGAUCAACAUCGUUCAAAGGCUGGUGGUCGAAGUAAAAGCGGACAAGAAUGUUGACCAAAACGGGGCGGCGUCCGUAAAGAUGUUCCUUCGAAUUUCGAUACCUGCGGGCGCAUGUGCACCUGGAGCUAUUAUCCCACUCUUUCCGGAGGAGAAUCUGAAGAUUCUUCAGUCGUACAUUCAUCCGCUGGACCAGAACAAUGUCCCGUACAAUUUCACGCAUCACAUGCUCAGGAGGACAGCUAGGGCACUCAGCCUGCCUACCCGGUCUAAUGAGCCCUAUCUGUCCUUGUUUGACAGUGUCCGUUCCUCCGUGUCCCCGUCGAUUUCUACCCCAAAGAUCGAGCUACUGGAACCGAAAUACGUCGGUGACAUCACAGUCAACCAGUAUCAGGUGUGCUACGUCCUCCCGCGAGAGCUCCCCCUCAGCACCCGGUCUUACGACGGCUCGUAUGGGAGACGUUCCGGCUUGAGCCAACUACAAUUCAUGGCCGCUAUCGAGGUUUGGGCACCGCUGGUUGCCAAACCACCACAAUACCCGUAUCUUCUCGACAUUCCCGUGCCUCGCUGUCUCAACAACUACCUAUCCGCAAAAGUCUACCCUCACCCGAACUCCCUAUCAUCUUCCGCAGCAUCCCUGGCAUCCAUCCCCAAUGACGAUUGGCACAUUAACUGUGUACCCGAGCUCAAUCCUACUGGACAGAAACGCAGUCUUUCACGCAGAUCGUCUUAUCAACACUUUGCGGAUGAUGAAUCCAGCGACUCCUCUGGCAGUGGGAGCGAUUGGACUUGCACCAGCGGGACAUUUCCUACCACGGAGUCUCUCGUCAUCCGGUGGUCCGUGCGUUCGGAUGACGUGCCAACGACGAGCGACAACAGGCGUCGCGCAGGCUUUAAAGAGGUCCAGGGCGAGAUGAGCUGUGUCAUCAUUAACAGCGAUACUGCCAAAGGAAAGGCACGAGGAAGGAACGGAUCAGACGACGACGACGAAGGCGUGCUCAUGCAGCUCGAAUACACCGCAACGUGCAAGGGCAUUACCCAUCCCUCUUCUGCUUGGCUGCUCGCCUUCGACGUGCAGCUCAACGCUGGUGACUGCGAGGUCGCUUGGGCGCCUAGCGAGAAACAGCAAUGGACCGUCAGCGGAGGAAAGUCCUUCUGCGGAUGCUGGGUCGGCCCUCCGCCCCCACGGACGCCCUCACGAAGACCUUCCAUGAGCUCGGAGGCCCCGUCCAUACGCAUACAGUCGUCUACUCCAAAUGGCAAAGCAGGUUCUAGCAGGAGGGAAGAACAACGCUGGGCAAGCACAAGUGGGUCGUUGCUACGCGCCCCAUUGCCCUCAGCAGAAGACUCGCUAUCAGAAACCUCCCCAAGCAUCGAGCAUACGUCGCUUUCCUCAGUAAACUCGUCGGUAGUGACUACUGUGCCAUCCAGCCCGGAGAAGCGCAGCCGCGCAUCAUCCUUCGCGCCUGAAGAGGAAGAACCUGGCUCCAAGAUUUUCUCUCCCAAAGUACCUGUUUCCGUUCACAUUGACGCCGGACGCAUGGUCCCUCCGCAAACGAGCACUUUCACCUUCACUAUCACUGGGACCGUGCUCGUCAAACCACCAGAGAAAUCCUUCGACCUUCGCCAUUCGUCCACUGGCACAGACGCCGAGGACGAGCCUGACCCGAUUGUGCUCCCUCAGUUCCGGGUAGUGUACGCAGAGAAGCAAGUGAUCUCGACUAUCGUUCGCAACGACACGACCAGCUCCGCGCUCGACGUCUACAACGCUUUGGGAAGUCUGUCUGACCCGCAAACGCGCAAGACUGUCGUGCAUCCGCGCGGCCACACUAAGCUGGGCGAUGACGGCGCGCGACUCGCCAUCCGCACGAUCACCUCGCCAAGGAAUCGCUCUUACCAGCCCGGGCGUGAUCGUAGCGUCGACAUGAGCGGACGGCGCACGCCGAGCGGGCCAUUCUCGCGGCCGUCGUCUGCGAUGUCCAUUCGCUCGACAACGCCACGCCGCAGCCGGCGCACGGACGGCAAGGCCGAACUCGCGCACGUCAUGGCCACUAUCACGCCCGAAUUCGCGAACGAGCGCGACGCAGUGCCAACAGAGUACGAAGUGCGCCUUGUUGUAGAAGUCGAUGAGGAUCCCGAGGGUGAAACGGAGUGGCUUGCAUUUGGAUUACCGCGCCCCGUGGCAGUCGCGGGCAAGAGCGAGGACGUAGCGCUCCCGAAGGUGGAUAUCACCAAGGUCACACUGGAUGGUGCCACGGCGCACUAUGAGACGAAUACGGUGGAGAAGCCGGGCGAGAAGCUGCCUGCGCUGGGGUUCCCGCUCGAGGAGGAGGCGCACAAGGAGAGCAUGACGUGGGUGCAGGUGCACCUGGGAGACGCCGGAAGCGGGAAGGUGCAGGUUGAGUACUCGGUAUCGAUGCCUGAGCGCCUUGGGGAGAAGUUUAGUAGCAAGGGGAAGGGCAAAGGUGUAGAUGCGGCGAUGUUGGACGUGCUGCUGCCAAUGUUCGAGCUGCCUGUUGGAAAGAUGGAGGUCAGAGUCCCAGAGCCCAAAGGCUUCACGAUUACACCAACACGGUCCAACUUCCCUAACAAGCAACAGUUCUCCGAAAGCAGUGUGCUCAUCCGACGCAACGUGGAGGAGCUUUUCCAUCCGGAGCUGACUAUCACUAUUAUCCCGAUCCCACCACCUGGACAAACAAAAUCCAGCUCACCGGCUGGCUUAUGGACCAUCCUGGCCGUCAUCAUCUGUACUAUUCCGACCAGUAUUGCGCUGCUCACGAUGUCCGAAAAUCGCGUACUGAUCGCCGAACGGGGUGAGAUGAAGGAUGCCCUCGAUGCACUAUCCACUUCUCUUGCCGCCUUUUCGACCGAGGCGCCGCUGCCGCUCACAGUCACCUCGACCCAUAUCUCAGUCUCCACCGUGACGGUUAUCCCGGAGCCGGAGACCACAACACAACUGCGCCCCUCACAGGCGGCGGAGCCCGUGCUCUCAGGCUCCGCGAGUGCAUCCACGAGCACGUCCACGAGCACGUCUGCUGGCACAUCCACGAGCACGUCUACUGGCACAUUCAUGAGCAAAUCUACGAGCACAUCCACGAGCACAUCCACGAGUAUAUUCGCGAGCGAUCCUGCGCCCUCAAUACCAACGCUCAUGCCCACGGUGCUCCCGGAACCAGAGCCGUCUGCAUCACCUACUGACGCCAUUCUGCCCAUCCGAGACCUGCCUUUCCUCUGGCCGAUCCACAUUGACAUCCCGCCGCUGGAAAUACCCCGGACGGUGCGAGCGACAGCGGCGGUGUUUGCGCGUGGAUUCGGCUUUGCGUGGCAGCUGUGUCGGAGAGUGUUCCACUAUCCACUAGACCCGCCAUAGAGCUUACUGUACAUGAAGGAUCUUGGACUGGACCAUGUUAAGUGAGAGAAUUAUCCAACCAUGUAUUGUAUGGACAUGCAUUAUGAGAUGUUGUUUGAGAUUGGAGUCCUGGCGCGAGAGGUUGUAGGCGUCUUCGUAUCUUUUCACUAUGCUGAACCAAGCCCGCGUGAGCCUGCAGCGUACGGUACACAUCUGACUCAUUUACGUCAACAGUCCUCGUGAACCCUACGUAAGUAAAAAAUGAACAGCUAAAAUCACAUAGUGUGGCGCAUCGUCACAAAGCGAUUAAUUUAGAGUCUGCACUGGGCCCAGAAUAUGGUCCAUGAUAACACGAAAUCGAAUGCAAGAACAUCUCAAGAGCGCGAGGGCAAGCCAGCGUACGGAGGAGGAAGCUCUCUGACCACGGUAACACCGCUGUCCUGGUGUUGGACGAUGAUCUCCUCAGGCGCUGUACUAGGCGGGUCCGCAGUGUCUUCUCCUGUAUGCGCAGGCUGAUACGGGGACAGCGACCCCGUAAUUCCCUGUUUCGAUGAUGCAGAAGCAUUCAUGCGCCCGUUCGCUAUACGCAUCUUCUCGUUCUGCGAGGACAGUGCCGACGAGCUCCCCGGCACUGUGAGCGGAACAGCGUAUGGAUUGAAGUCGCCUAGCCCGUCCUGCUGACGCUCGUUAACCUGCGUACGAGCCGACGUUGCGAUGUCUGACGACUGUGUAGGUGUCGCGGAUCGGGGUGGGUGGUGGGCGUGGUAGAACCCAGACGAUCGCGACGAGGCCGACGCGACCAUGCUGGGCCGUUCCACGUACGCAGACAAGAACGGCGCAGACUCUGGGUACGCCGUCGCGGAUGGUUGCCGCGAGUGGCUGACCAUGGGAGACUUCGACGACGGUGUGAAUGAAGCAUUAACAGUACUGUCCGCUUCACGCAUGUAGCCCAUAGAGUGCGGAUACGGGCUCUGUAGUAUGUCUAUCGGCGACGUCUGGUGCUGCACUUUAUUGCGUCUUCGUGUGCAGAACCAGAUAGCGGCCGCGAUAGCCAGGAGUACAGGUACGCCGACGCCGGCCGAGAUUCCCGCAAUCAGCGCGACGGACGUGUGACUGCCGGGGUUCGGGGCUGCGGUCGCGAACUGACUGGAUGAGGAACUUGAGCUGGUCGUCGUUGCCGUGUUGGUACCGCUCGACGCGCCAGCUGUUGAAGACGGUGGACUGACGCUUGUGCCAGAUGGAACGGGGUUCACUAUCAGAGUAGCAGUAACUUCAGUCUCUGGCCCUCCUGAGCUGCUGGUCUGCACGGUCAAUAAAUCUCCGCAAUCGACUUCAAUGUCUCCAGUCGUGUUGAGGGAAGGUGUAGAUGUUCCCCAUCUUCCUGUACUGUUGCCACGUUAAUAAUGAAAUGAUAGAUCAAGAAAGAAGUAUGUGCACCCAUCGUAUACAGAGGCUAUGAGAAAAAUUAGUCAG